AUGAUAAAGCAUCAAGAAUUUUCCAACAAGAAUCAUGAGGCCUCACUAAGGAAUCUGGAGAGACAAAUUGGACAACUGUCCAAACAGCCAGCUGAAAGACCAAACAAUGCUUUGCCAAGUAAUACCAUUCCCAACCCCAAGGAAGAAUGCAAGGCAAUUCAACUUAGAAGUGGAAGGACAUUGGAGAAUGACAAAGUUGACAGCAAGAAGCAAGUAGAGGAGGACAAGCAUGACCAAGAGAAUUCCAAGAAAGAGGAGGAGCCUCAAGUCUCAGAGAAAAGGAAGAGUUAUGGAAGAGCAACCACAAUUACAGAAGAAGGUGGUGAAGUGACAAACCCCGUUUUGACGAGGCUACAAAAAGAGCUCAAAGACCAACAAUUUCCCAAGUUCCUAGAGGUUUUCAAAAAGCUGGAAAUCAAUCUUCCACUUGUUGAAGCAUUGGAGCAAAUGCCCUUAUAUGCAAAAUUCCUCAAAGAACUCAACAACAAGAAAAGAAGCUUGAAUGAAAAGGAGACCGUGAUCUUGACACAAAAGUGUAGUGCUGUAAUUCAAAAAGGUCUCCCACCAAAACUCAAAGAUCCUGGGAGUUUCUUUUUGCCAUGCAUCAUUGGCAACAUGUCUAUUGAUAAGACACUGUGUGAUUUAGGAUUAAGUAUCAAUCCGAUGCCUCUGUCUAUGAUGAGAACGUUGUCUAUAGAAGAAGUGAAGCCUACACGAAUGUCCUUACAACUUGCUAAUAGAUCAAUGGUAAUUCUCAAUGGAGUGGUAGAGAAUCUCCUAGUCAAGAUGGGAAAGUUCAUAUUUUCAGCGGAUUUUAUGAUUCUGGAUCUAGAUGAAGAGGGAAGUGAUUCUAUCAUAUUAGGAAGGCCUUUCCUAGCCACAGCAAGAGCCAUCAUUGAUGUGGAGAAAAGGGAAAUGACCUUGAGGUUACAUGAUGAGCAAAUCACUUUACAUGUCUUUAAGGAGAUGCAGCCUCCUGUUGAAAAGAAAGGAUGCAUGAGAAUUGAGGAGAAAGACUUAAACUGGAAGGAAAAGCCCAAGGAAUCAAUCAUUAACUCACCCUUGGUGUAG